UUCUCUAAUUCGAAUUUUGAAUUGCCAACAUCUUCCAUUAAUCAUUAAAUAAACAUCCCCUACUCCCUUUCCCUUUCGCUCACCCCCACGACAUACUCAGUGACAUCACUGUUUUUUACUCUAAUCCCAGUAGUUUUCACACAGUAAAAGCAACAAUAAAGAAAACCCUCAUAUUUUUCAUAAAAAACCCUCAUUUUCUUUUAAGUCAUAGUUAUACGAAUCAAUUUUAAGGUACAUAAAUGCACUAUGAGAAAAGGGUGCAUCAGAAAUGGGAGUGGCUAGCAAGGCAUGGAGGUAUAGUGGGGGACUGGUGUUGAACAAUCUGGACUUUUCAAUACCUCAGCAGCAGAAGCCAAAGCAGCACUCAGAGAAGCUGCAUUUUUAUAAUUGUUUUCUGGGCUGGAAAUGGAGGCCGACGGUGGCGGUGCCGUGGACGGUGGUGUGCGGGCUGAUGCUUUUCGCCGUUGGAUUGAUUUCUCUGUUCACUGGACACGUGGCCUCUGAUCUCGAGUGGUGCUCUCAGCGCCUUGUCAAGCGCACUUGGUACUAUAAACUGGGGAGGGGUAGCCAUGCACCAAUUGAUAUAUGGCAAUCAAAGUUUUCAAACUUUUAUUAUGGUUGCAGUGAGAGAGGUCCUCAUUUUGCACCUGCUGUCCGCGAGCGAUUGUCAAAUGGAUACUUACUUAUUGCAACCAGUGGAGGACUCAAUCAACAAAGAACUGGAAUAACUGAUGCUGUAGUUGUUGCUAGGAUACUAAAUGCUACUUUAGUCGUGCCAGAAUUGGAUCACCAUUCAUACUGGAAGGAUGAAAGUGAUUUUUUCGACAUUUUUGAUGUUCAUUGGUUCAUCUCUUACCUUGCAAAAGAUGUCCCUGUUGUCAAGAAAGUCCCAGAAAAGGUCAUGAAAUCAAUGGAAAAGCCUCCAUAUACAAUGCGUGUUCCAAGAAAAUCAGAUUCUGAAUAUUACGUAGAGCAAGUAUUGCCCAUUCUUUUGAGGAGACGUGACCUAUCAUUGGGGAAGACGAUUGGCAGUGCUAAAGAAUGUGGGGGACUUUACUACUUUGAGGAAGCAGACGUGGUUCAGUUGACGAAGUUUGAUUACAGACUCUCCAAUGACCUCGAUGAAGAUCUCCAAAAGUUGCGUUGCCGGGUAAACUAUCAUGCUUUAAGAUUUACUAAACCUAUAAGGAAUCUGGGACAAAGGCUUGUGACUCGAAUGCGAAAGAUGGCAAAACGUUUCAUUGCAGUUCACUUGAGGUUUGAACCUGACAUGCUAGCAUUUUCCGGGUGUUAUUAUGGUGGAGGAGAUAAAGAAAGAUUUGAGCUGAGGGAGAUAAGAAAGCGGUGGGAAACACUACCUGAAAUAACUCCUGAGGAAGAGCGAAUGCGAGGGAAGUGCCCACUGACCCCACACGAGGUGGGUUUAUUGCUGCGGGCACUUGGUUUUGAAAAUAACACUUACCUUUAUGUUGCAUCUGGAGAAAUAUAUGGUGGAGAAGAAACACUGAGGCCCCUCAGACAGCUCUUUCCAAACUUCUAUACAAAGGAGAUGCUUGCUGGAGAAGAGUUGAAGCCAUUUCUUCCCUUUUCUUCUCGUAUGGCUGCAAUUGACUACAUUGUUUGUGAUGAAAGUGAUGUCUUUGUCACAAAUAAUAAUGGAAACAUGGCGAAAGUCCUAGCUGGUCGAAGGAGGUACAUGGGACACAAAAGAACCAUCAGACCUAAUGCCAAAAGGCUUAGUGCUUUGUUCACAGCACGAAAUAAAAUGGAUUGGAGUACCUUUGCUAGAAAGGUCAAAUCAUGCCAAAGAGGAUUCAUGGGAGAACCCGAGGAGAUAAAACCAGGAAGAGGAGAAUUUCAUGAAUAUCCAGCCUCAUGCAUCUGCCAAAAACCGUCCAAAUAUUAUGUUGUAAACAAAAAUAAAGGAGACCAGAAAUUCAUAAAAGUUUUGAAUGUUUCCGAGCCAGAGUCCAGCAACAAAAUCUUUGGAAAUGAACAUGAAAAGAGUCUACUGAAAUGGAAGAAUAGAACUACUAGCACUGAAACAGUCCCCAUCACAGAGGACGUUGACCAUGAUGAUUUUUUGUCCGAUUAGAUGAAUUCCUCGUAGAGGUCAGUACCUUGAAUUCAUUACGAUAACUGUGUUAUGUUAAGCCCUGCUAUGCCAGCUUCAUUAAGCUGCUAUUCUCUGUGCCGGAGGCAUGAAAUGAGCAACAAAGCAAAGAACAAGGUGGGUUAAUGGGUGGUGCAUAUGAGAAGCUGGAUAGACAUCCAUGUAUAGCUUGUCUGUAACUUGUGUUGCCUGCAAUUGUCUAUAUAAUAUGUACUCUUAAUUUGGAAUGUGUUGUAGUCUGUUGGUUUUUGUCAAUGGAAUUGACUGUCUUUACUGUUGUGCUUUGCAAUUGCUUCAGUUUGACAGAUGAAUUCAGAUUUUAACUUGUUUCUGCUUUCACAAUGAAAACCGUUCUAUUGAUAAAACAAUUGUAGCAA